GUGUAGGAGGUGAAGAGUCACGUGCGGUGCAGCUCGCGCAUCGCCUGCCUGUUGACUGUUGAUGUGAUUGAGUCGCCUCUCUCUCUCUCUCUCUCUCUCUCUGCGCUUCAUGGUUUCCCGAUAAAACUCGACCGAAGAAUGAGCGAUAACGACGAUAUCGAGGUUGACAGUGACGAAGAAUCGCCGAGAUUUCAUUGUGUGGCAGACAAACGAGCUCAUCACAAUGCGCUGGAGCGCAAACGCAGGGACCACAUCAAAGACAGCUUUCACGGCCUCCGAGACUCGGUGCCUGCCUUACAGGGCGAAAAGGCCUCCCGAGCUCAGAUCCUAGACAAAGCCACAGAGUACAUCCAGUACAUGAGACGGAAAAACCACACGCACCAGCAGGACAUCGACGACCUGAAGAAACAGAACGCUCUGCUGGAACAGCAAGUUCGAGCACUGGAGAAGGUGAAGGGGACCACACAGCUGCAGGGUGGCUACUCCUCCUCAGACAGCAGCCUGUACACAAACCCUAAAGGCAGUGCCGUGUCAGCCUUCGAUGGAGGUUCCGACUCGAGCUCUGAGUCCGAACCCGAGGAGCCGCCCACGAGGAAGAAGCUCCGCCAGGAGGCCAGCUAAGAGCAGCACCUCCUCUUCCACUGCACACCAAUCAGAGACUCCAACUUCCAGUUUCGUUUCUUUACAGGCUUCCUGGAUGCUAGCCCACACCCACGGAGCUAGGAGAGGAGGACUCGUAGCACACGUCUCUCUCCCUCUCCUCCGUCCGGCUCAGCAGUAACAAACAGCAUCUCAAACCCACAACAAGGCAGCUUCGUGAUGUACAGACUCCGCGAAAGAAGCACACUGCUCAGUCUCCUUUUUGUUUGUAGAUGUUUUAAAAAAAAAAAAUCAUAAUCUGAGUACUUACCCUUAGUAAGACUGUUCCAAAGGAGCGGUUCAUCUUUCUAAAUAUUUGUACUUUUCCACAAAAGAACAUGAGCGUAUGUGGAAGCAGAUAACACAGACCCAUCGGAUCAAAUUGCUGAUAAAUUUGGUUUAAAAAGGAAAUGUUCUUAGAGUUGUUAGUGAGCGAGUUUAAAUAGCUGAAAGGUUUUUUUUUUUUAAAGGAAUACAUUACAUUAAUUUAUAUUCUACCUACUAUGUUGUACAUGUACUGGGUUUUGUACGUUUCAUGCAAUUUUGGGGAAAUUAAAAUUUAAUAAACUUUUUUUUUUUCCACCACAGUUAAGUGUUACGCCUCUUCAGGGAAAACUACUGAUUUUAGACAACUCCCAUCCACUCCUUUUAAAUUUGACAUGUUUAUACGUUGCACGUGUGUAGAUUUUAUCCAUUUCUCCUCUGAGCACAUACUUAAUUUGAUUCCGUUCCAUGGAAAUAUCCAGCAUGCUAUACACACCGUCUUAUAGCCUGAGGCCUACAUUUAACUAGCAGAUGAGAAAAUUAUCCUUGUUCCUGAUUAAUUUUUGUGUAUUAGAUGACAUCAUUCAGGUUUCUUGUGCCAGGGUUGAACAAUACAAUUUAAAGAGUGCGUUUAUUUGUUGCUAUUCAAACAACUCGGCUGUAUUUUUAAAAAAUAUUGUUUGUGGGCAUGGCCUGUCCAUUUAAUCCCCCCUUUAGCUACUAGAGCUAACUCAUUAAAAAGCACUAAUCAGUGUAAAA